AUGAACUGUUUGAGCCUAAACUGCCGUGGUUUGGGGGCUGACGCGGCGGUAGGCGAGUUAAGGGACCUGUGCAGGUCCUACAACCCCUCAGUUUUGUUCCUCUAUGAGACAAAAAAGAGACCAAAAGAGAUGGACAAUCUGAAACGGAGUCUUGGUUUUCCCAAUGGUGUCUCUGUUGACUGUGAUGGUACAAGUGGUGGUCUUGCGCUAUGGUGGAAGGAAGGUGUUGAGGUAUCCUUGCGGCCCUGGUGCCAGAUGUACAUCGAUGCCAAGAUUACGUAUGAAGGAAAAACCUGGCGGUUCACCGGCAUCUAUGGGGAGCCAAGAACCGAGUUAAGAUCACGGACGUGGGAGGCUCUAAGGUAUCUCCGGAUGCAAGAUGACUUACCUUGGUUAUGUGUGGGAGAUUUCAAUGAGAUCCUUGUUGCUACUGAACAAUGUGGAGGUAAUCCAAGGAGCCAUGCACAGAUGGAAACAUUUCGGCACAGCCUGGAAUUCUGUGGCCUCCAAGACAUGGGCUAUAAGGGUUAUGAUUUUACGUGGAGUAACAGACGGUUGGGUGUAGAUAAUAUCCAAGUAAGGCUGGAUCGGGGAACGGCGACAUCGUCCUUCCUCGAUAUAUACCCACUGUCCUCGAUUGAGCACAUUUGUACGGAGGAAUCUGAUCACAUGGCGGUUUUGGUGAAGCUGAGAGCGGACGAUGUGGUGUCUAGACCCACUGUCUACCGAGGUUUCCAAUUUGAAGAGAUGUGGACGAAGCAUGAGGGCUACGAUGACAUGAUCAAGGAGACGUAG